UCCUGACAUGUUUUGGUUUUAAUGUUGUUCAUUUGAUCUGUUCCUGUCUUUAUGAUGCUUCUGGCCUCUGACCUGGUGAAAUGAUGAAGAACUCCUCUCAGGUUUCAUAUUUCACUCUUGCUGCCUAUCUGGACAGAGGAGACGUGAAGUUCUUGUACUUCGUGGUUCUUCUGACUGCGUAUGUGCUGAUCAUCUGCUCCAACCUGUUCCUCAUGGUGGUGAUCUGCAUGAACAGGAGCCUCCAUGAGCCCAUGUACAUGUUCCUGCUCAGCCUGUUUGUCAAUGAGCUGUAUGGUAGUACAGGCUUGUUUCCAUUCCUGCUGGUUCAGAUCCUCUCUGACCUCCACACUGUUGCUGCUCCUCUCUGCUUCCUGCAGGUCUUCAUCAUUUAUUCGUACGGAGGGGUUGAGUAUCUGAGUUUAACUGCCAUGUCUUAUGACCGCUAUGUGGCUGUCUGCUGUCCUCUGCGCUAUAAAACUCUGAUGACGGCUGAUAGAACGGCCACGCUGAUCGUCCUGACGUGGUCGUAUCCUCUCGUUUUAAUCACGGUCAUGGUUUGUCUGAGCUCAUCUCUGCAGCUCUGUGGAAACGUCAUUGAUAAGGUCUACUGUGAUAACUAUUCAGUGGUGAAGCUGUCCUGCUCCGACGCCUCCGUCAACAACAUCUACGGCCUCGUCACCACAUUCUGCACUAUUGUUUUCCCUUUAAUCCUGAUCAUUUUCACCUACAUAAAGAUCUUCAGAGUGUGUCUACACGGCAGCAAACAGACCCGACAGAAGGCCAUCAGCACCUGUGCGCCUCACCUGGCCGUCCUCCUCAACUUCUCCUUCGGGGCGUGCUUCGAGACGCUGCAGAGCAGGUUCGACAUGAGCAGAGUUCCCACCGUGCUGCGGAUCUUCCUGUCGCUGUACUCGGUGGCCAGCCUGCCGCUCUUCAACCCUCUGAUUUACGGACUCAACGUGUCCAAGAUCCGCCUCGGGGCUCUCAGCCUCAUCUCCAGAAGGUUCUCCGAGGGUCGGCAGAAGAUUCAGGCUUUACAGAACCUCUGUAGAACUCACAGAAAAUGUUAGUAAAUGUUUAAAUGAAACAUGCAGAAGGAAGAGAUGUGGAUAGAGUUCUCAACAUCCUGGAACUCAUCUCCAGCUUCAGUGUGAUGGUCUGUCCUCUCCUGCUGAUCUAAACUUACUCGAAAAGCUCCCAGAAUGACCAACAUUUGUUCAAAUUCUAUCAAAAUGAGUCAAAAAGGCCUUGAAAUAUGUUCAAAAUGACUAAAAAAGUGUCUGAAAUGACCACAAUUUUUCCAAAAUGACAAAAAAAAUUAAAAUUUGAUUUGAAGGCAUGUGACUGUUUAACUUUUAUGACAAAAAAAAUGUCUGACUAAAAACUUGUCAUGUUAAACUAGUUUGAGCCAUUUUUGAUCAUUUUGAAGUAAAUCUGGAUGAAUUUUUGUAAUUCCAGACAAGCUUCAGUCAUUUUAAGCAGAUUUUGGACAAUUUUUAUCAUUUUAAACUGGUUUUGAGUCAUUUUAGACAAAAUGUGUCCAAAGUGACCCCAGAUUAGUUGUGAUUAGUGGACUGGUCCUGGUAAACCCUGAGGGUCUCACACAGCUUCUGGGUGUUUUUAAACUUCUGUCUCAUUUUUCUCUCUCUGUCUCUGAGGAACCAGAACAUCAUGAAGAAGGAGAGAGAACUCAGAGAUGUCUUCUGUCACUCUGACACAAAAUAACAGGAAUCCGAAAAACGAACAUUUUUUGACUAUUUAUUGUAGUUUAACAAAUAAUUUGAAAUCUCCAACAUCUAGAAUGAUUCAGAUUUUUCCAUAAAUGACGACAAGUGUGCAAAAUGACUCGAAAUGUUCAAAAAUAUCUCACAGUAUGUCCAGGAUUACUUAAUGUCUGACCUAAAUCAAUCCAAAUUUAUACAAAUUUACUCAAAAAGUUCCCAAAACGAUCAACAUUUGUCCAAAAUCUAUCAAAAGGAGUCAGAAAAGGCCUUGAAAUCUGCAAAAUGACUAAAAAGUGUCCUAAAUGGCCAGAAUUGAAGAUCUGAAGGCGUGUGACUCUGCUCUGUCAGAACUAAGAACAUUGUUCUUCACUGUGGUUCAUUUUAAAGUCCUGCAGCUCUGAGGAACCAGAACAUCAUGAGAUGUCUUCUGUCAGAAUGAUGGAAACCAGGAAAAUGUCUGACGAUUUAUUCCACAGAAAUGAAACAAACUAACUUGUGGCUCUGCUCUGGACAUCAGCUGUAGAAAGAUCAUUCUAGUGACUCUUCCAGAGGUUCUGUUGAAGGUUUCUGGGUCCACAUGGUUGAGGUUUGUUCCCUCUUUGAUCUAGAAGCUGCUGAACCUGCUGGUCCUGUGGGACUUGGUGUCUUCAGGUGUUCCCUACACUGGAAACACACGAGGACCACAUUUUAGACACAUUUAACUAUUAGUUGGUUCUACACAACCUCUUAGAACUCACAGUUAAUGACAGUAAACGAUGAAACAUGGAGAAUGAAGAGAUGUGGAGGAAGUUUCAGUCAUGACUACAUUUGGUUCAUUGUGAUGAAAAUUUGACGCUUCUGGAUAAGAAAUGUUUUUAAAGACGUUUCUGUCAAACCUGCCGGCAGGUUUUUGGAUUCAGAGGGUUAAACUGUGUUUAAUA